ACUACAGUCACCCCAACCAGUUCACUUUCUAGCCAUUCAAUGAUAGCUGCUCUCCAGUUGCCAAAUGUUUUGUGUCUCAUUGUCUUCAUUGCUUGGCUGAUAAGCUUGCAGAACUUAUAUGCCUCGCCAAUUGUCAUGCGUCUAUUUCCGACUAAGGACAUCGUUAAUAGUCCAAACAAUGAGUCCCAAGUGCAACCACAGCUCACAACGAAGUUUGUACAACUUUUUGAUGCUGAUGCUUUAAGCAGAGAAGAUGGCAGCGUUGGCAACAAUAAUCCUCAAGCUAAACCAAAAACUCAUGGUGACCCUUUGCCUAACCCUCAACCUGAUCCUCAACCUCAAUCUGGUCCACGCAUUACCUCGCGGCCCAAAUUCAUCAAGGAUCACAUGGGCAAUUUGGUCUACAACUUGUGGGGUGCUACCUAUGGCAAUAUCUUUCAAGAUGGCCGAUUUACAGGCUUUUACACCAUCAAUCGCAUAGGUGUUGACUCCAAUGCACCCAAAGAAUAUUAUCCAACCGGUGAGCUUGAGACUGUUUGCUAUGAUAAAUCGACGGUAUAUGGUACGCCUAAAGUGGAAAGAUGGCUUAGACGAAAUAUCUACAAUCAUACGAUAAAAAGUCGGCCCAUCUGGCACCAGCUCAGGCAACACAUCUUUAAUGUUGGCAAGUCCGAGGAGUGUCACAAUGCGACACUGUACACAACGUGGAAGGAUUAUCAGGAAUGCGCAAUCAGGCGCAAUCAGCGACUGGAAUCUAUUAUUCCCAUGUAUCCAAUGCACCAAAUGGGAUACAGAUCUUCAAUUCAUUAGUUCUUAAUACUGGCUGUCCAAAUUGUGUAGUGCUUGAUUCAAUAAAAGUCUUAUCUUGAAUUAUCAUAUAAAUAA